CUAAAAGUCCAAACCACACAAAGCUGGCUCAGGCUGAAAGCCCAUGUGUAUUGUUCGGCGCCCUCAAAUUGACGCCACGAAUCCCUCUUUCUCUCUGCAAGAACAAACUAAAACCUAAAUCAUCCUAACGCCGUAUCUGAUGUUGAUUCGGAAAAUCACUUCUCCAAUGUCACGACCACAUAUCGAUACCAAUUCCGACACCCAACUGAGAAUUGAAGAAAGAGCUUUUUCUGCCGCUGGUGCCGCCUUCCUGUCCGCCAUUAUUGUUAAUCCUCUUGAUGUCGCCAAGACAAGACUACAAGCACAGGCCGCCGGUGUUCCCUACCAGGGUGAUUGCCGUAUGACACAUUUCCAUACUAACACGAGGCUACAAGAUGUUAUGUGUCCUGUUUCUGGCUCUCAGCCAUCACGGCCAUGUCCUUCUGGGUGUUACACCUAUAAAGGGACAUUAGAUGUUUUUUACAAAGUUACACGGCAUGAGGGUUUUACGAGAUUGUGGAGAGGCACAAGUGCAAGUUUAGCAUUGGCUGUGCCAACUGUUGGAAUCUACAUGCCUUGUUAUGAUAUUUUACGCAACAUGAUGGAGGAGUUUACAACAAAGAAUGCUCCAAAUUUAACACCUUAUGUUCCAUUACUUGCUGGAUCAGUUGCUCGCUCAUUUGCUUGUAUUUCUUGUUAUCCUGUAGAACUAGCAAGGACUCGCAUGCAGGCAUUUAGAAUAACCCAAAGUGGCAAGCCUCCGGGGGUGUGGAAGACAUUGCUUGGAGUCGUUCACCCUGACAAGGGCACAAGUAUUUUUCAAAGCUUGCAUAGGUACCGUUUCUUGUGGACUGGCCUUGGAGCACAACUUUCUCGGGAUGUUCCAUUCUCUGCUAUUUGCUGGUCAACCCUUGAGCCAAUUAGGAAAAACAUUCUGGGCCUUGUGGGUGAUGAAGCAAGUGCGGCCGCUGUCCUUGGAGCAAAUUUUUCGGCUGGUUUUGUCGCAGGAACUUUGGCAUCUGCUAUCACAUGUCCACUAGAUGUGGCAAAAACUCGACGACAAAUAGAGAAGAAUCAUGAAAGAGCGUUAAAGAUGACAACAAGAACAACAUUAAUUGAGAUUUGGAGGGAUGGAGGAUUAAGAGGGCUAUUUACAGGUGUUGGUCCUCGCGUAUUUCGUGCUGGUCCAUCGGUUGGCAUAGUUGUCUCCUUUUACGAGGUUGUCAAGUAUGCCUUACAGCAUGCACGUCCCACUUCAUCAUAGAAUAUAUUUCUUUGGUGUAGGCUUCUAACUCCAAUUUAAAGUUAGCUUACUAGUUAAUUACAUCCAAGACAGCAAUCUCAUGCCCAAUGAAUCAUGAUCCUGAUUUUCAAGAACUCAGCUCAAGAGACAACAGAACAGACGGUGUAAUUGUAGUCCCCCUUGUAUACGUUUGGCAUAUAAUUUUGAUCUCAUUUGCAACACAGAAGAAAAGUUAAUAAAUGCCUUUGUACGAAUGGUACAGUUUGAUCAGCAAGUUGAUUAACUUGCACAUAGAAAAUAGGUUUUGUUUUACUGAAUUGGAAUUCACACGAUUUUUUGUACUUUAUGAAUGAUCACAAGCCCAAUUCAUUAACUUAUAUGGGCUAAGAUUCUUUCGGAAUAUCCAUUUCUUAGACAAUUAUUUUUGUAAA